UGGCCAGUGUCCCAUCUCGAGCAUUUUCUUUCUGUCCAUGUCCGUGUCCUGUCUAUUUUUGGAAUUUUAGAAUUAUUCUUGUCCAUGCUUAAGGACGGCAUUGGGUUGUCGGUUGUCCCUUGCUCCUUUAGCAGUGCGUUGAUUGUUAACUUCUACUGAAAAAAACCGCAAACCAUAAUCUAUAGCCGACUACAAGAGGACGCCAUCGAUUUAUCUGUUUUUGUUGUGGGUAUUGUUUUCAUCACACAUUUGUCGGGCUUUGCCAUUUCCCUCAGAAACAGAAGCAUCUUUUCAUCAAGGAUCAAAGAUGAGCAAAAAAACCAGCCCAGUUCCACCUGUCGUACCACCAACACCUAUCGAUACGCCUAUCCCGGCGGCGCCGGUAGUUCCUGCUGAGGAAUAUGUGGUGGAAAAAAUAAUUGACAGCCGUGUGAACGAACAGGGCAUUAAAGAGUAUUUUCUGAAAUGGAUUGGAUACGAUGACAAAGACAACACCUGGGAACCAGAGGAAAACUUGGGUAAAGAUUGUCCAGGCCUAAUUGCGGCGUUCGAGGUAGCAAGAAAAAAAGAACUUGAAUCUAAGAAAAGGAAACUAUCAACUGGACAAGAAAAAGAAAAUAAACACAUUAAAAUUAAAAAACCUGAUGAGAAAAAAUGUUUGGGAUUCAAUAGAGGACUGGAACCUGAUACUAUUAUUGGAGCAACUGAUAGUCCAGGGCAGCUAAUGUUCCUAAUGAAAUGGCAGGGUACAGACGAGGCGGACCUGGUUCCCGCAAAACAGGCCAACAUUAAGUGUCCACAAAUUGUCAUAAGAUUUUACGAGGGACGUCUAAGAUGGCACCCACCCGCCCAAGUUUCUGCUGGGGAGAACAAGGAGAAUAAUUAAAAUUCGAUUUUCAUUACUUUAUGUUAGAAUUUAAGUUAGAUUAAUUAAUUUCAAUUUUUUUUUUUUCGUGAAAGAUGUUCAUUUUGUGUGUGUAAAUAUUAGACAAAACAUACUUUAUGUUUUCUCUUUAGGGCCAAAUUAUGGACCAACUGGUAGGUGUCUGGUUGUUACCUAUCAGGUACUUUCUAUUAUCUAGAGCAUAGAAAGUAUCUGCUAGGUAACAACUAGAUGUUUACCAGUCAGUCCAGAAUUUGUCCCCUAUACAAGGUAGGCCACCGAAUCAUUAGUUUAUAUGUAUUACAAUUUAAGUUAGAUAAGGUUAUUUCUAUUUUUUUCUGUGGAGCAUGUAAAUUUUAUAUGUGUAAAUAUUCAACCAAACAUACUGCAUAGUAGGGUGGCUUACCAAAAAUUUUCAAAGUUUGGUCCUUGACCUGUUCCCAUUAAACAUUUUGGGGAUGAAUCUCAUUACCGCUCAGUGUAUAGUGAAUAAGUUAUGAAGUAAAAAAUUGAAAGUUUACUCUAACAAAACUUGACAAUUUCUGAGCAUUUUUUUAUUUUUGGUAGAAAGUUUUGGGUGAGCUACUCUGUAUGUUAUUUUAGGACACUAUGAUUUUAUUGAUUUCAAAGAUUUAGUAUUAUAGCUUUUAGUAAUGAAUUAUUUUAAGGAUUUCCAUAAUAUUUUGGCUGAUUAAAAUUUUCUCAAAAAAUGUUUGUCUUAAUUUUAGUGACCCGAAAUAAAGUUAUAUGAUCGAUUUGA